CCGUACUUAGCACAGUUCCCUAGGUCUCUUGUACUUCCCCUUUGUCGUCUCCCUUUCUCAAAUAAUCUUCAAAUUGUUACUGGUAUCAAUCUCUGUUGUGGAAGAUCGAUAAUCCAUCUCCGAUUUGGGGAUGAAAGAGUCAAUCAAUAGCAGUACCAGUUGCGGCGAUGAAGCUGCUUGGGAAAUUAGACCGAGCGGCAUGCUUGUUCAGAAGAGAGAAAACGAUGCUGCCGCUAAUCCCACUAUAAUCAUCAAGGUCUCGUAUGCUUCUCAAGAAUUUGACCUUCCUGUGCCACCUGAACUCACUUUUGGUGAAGUAAAAAGUAUCCUUUCCUCAAUAAUCGGUUUGGAGCCUAAGCUGCAAAAACUUCUAUUCCGGGGAAAAGAAAAAGAAGAUCAUGAAUAUCUGCACUUGGUUGGUGUGAAAGACAAUUCCAAAGUGUUAGUUAUGGAGGAAGAAAUGGUUGAGGAAAAAAUUCCUGAAGAGGUUAGGGUUACCACUGAAAUAUCAAGAGGAGCCGAAGCUGUUGCUGAAGUGAGAACAGAAGUGGAUAAGCUCUCAGAGCAGGUCUCUGCUGUACAAGCAGUCGUGUUUGGUGGUACUAAUGUUGAGGACAAGGAUAUUAUCCAUUUGACAGAAAUGCUGAUGAGACAGCUACUGAAAUUGGACGGCAUUGAGGCUGCAGGAGAAGGAAGAGUACAAAGAAAAUCGGAGGUUCGUCGUGUCCAAAACUUAGUAGAGACAUUGGAUGCAGUAAAAGCAAGAAAUUCCAAUCCCUUUAUCAACAACAGUAAUGCCGUGUCAGUGACUACUCAAUGGGAGACAUUUGAUUCGGGGGUUGGAAGCCUGAAUGCCCCACCACCACCUAGACCUGUGCUUGAGGUUGGAAGCAUAAACACUCCAUCUCCUCCUAGACCCGUGCUUGGGGUUGGAAGCAUGAAGGCCUCACCUCCGCCUAGACCUGCGUUUGGGGUUGGAGGACUGAACACCCCACCACCUCCUACACCCGUGCUUGGAGUUGGAAGCAUGAACGCCUCAACUCCUUCUAGACCUGCGUUUGGGGUUGGAGGACUGAACACCCCACCACCUCCUACACCCUUGCUUGGAGUUGGAAGCAUGAACGCCUCAACUCCUUCUAGACCUGUGUUUGGGGUUGGAGGACUGAACACCCCACCACCUCCUACACCCGUGCUUGCAGUUGGAAGCAUGAAUGCCCCAUCUGCUAGACCUGUUCUUGGGGUUGGAAGCCAGACCACCCCACCUCUUAGACCGCCCACUACUAUAGUGACUGAGGAUUGGGAACAAUUCGAAUAGAGUAGCUAUAUACGUUUCCAUUUUAUGAUUUUUGAAGAAACAAAAAAUGCCAGUUAUUUAGGCACUACUGACCACUAUUAUUUUGUCAUCUAUACUGUCGUUACAGUAAAAUAUUUUUGGUGGAUGUAAGUUAAUGAUCAGUCAAACAUAGAGGUUUAAUGAAAUCGUGUUGGUAAGUUA